AUAGUUUAGUAGCUAUAUAACGGAUUCUGAAUCCGGAGUUGACAAAAUGAAACUUGAAAAGGGGGGAAAAUGACGGCCGCCAGAUGAGUAUCCACCGCCACACGUACAUCGCCCGUCUUUAACGCAGCAGCAUCAAAAAUGUCUAAAGUCACUUCUUCUUCCAAAUUAUGGGACGUGCUUACUUGAAAGACGUGGGUGGCUUCCUGUUCUCUCCCUCUUUGUAAAGGUCCACUGGUCCAUGUCGUCCGGCCCUGUCAAUCGUCGAGUCAGCCUCCUACCCUUCCUGUAUUGCUGCGUGACAGUAAGCGCUGCGACAUUAUUUGCCUUUCCUGCACCCUUGGUGACUCGUGAAACAAAAAAACAAAUAUCAGACUGCACACGACGCAUGUUUAAUUUUCGUUAUGGUAUGGUAAGGAGUAAUAGUGCCUUCAUCAGACCUUUUGUCAAGCCGUGGUCGGGCGGAGCGCAACGACAACUUGCCGCAGUAUCGGGGCACCAAAUCAGCAUGAAGCUACGGGCGGGCAUCGUCGGCCUUCCCAACGUCGGAAAAUCCACACUUUUCAAUGCCCUGACCGGAGGCGCUACGGCACAAGCCGCCAAGUCCCCGACCCACGUCUUCUGGCUCUCGCCAACAUCGCCAAAAGCGAGUCUGUGCUACCCGCCGUCCUCGAAUUCGUGGAUAUCGCAGGUGAUCCGCUGCUUCGAGAACGACGACAUUGUCCAUGUCUCUGGCUCUGUGGACCCGGAGAGGGACAUGGAAGUGAUUAAUUUGGAGCUCGCGCUUUCGGAUCUGGCGCAGGUGGAGAAGCGCUUACAACGCGCCCUCAAGGACAAGAGCGUGACACAGGCCGAGCGGGACGGGCUCCAGAGGGUCUACGACGCUCUCGCAGAGGGGAAGCCAGCCCGGGAAAUCCUCCCUUUCCUCUCUGAAGACGAAUUGGCAGACGUGGGGCGACUGGGCUUGCUCACAGGCAUGAAAGUAAUCUACGCAGCCAACGUCGGUGACGCCGAGCUGGCAACAGGGAACAAGUACGUAGACAAAGUGCGGGAAGUGGCUGCCAAAGAGGGGGCGGGCGUGGUGCUGGUCUCGGCCCAGGUGGAGGCGGAGCUGGUGGAGUUGCCCUUGGAGGACCGGAAGGAGUUUCUCGAGUCUUUAGGGGUGCAGGAGGAGGCCUGUGGGCUGCGAGCGCUGGUGAAGGAGACUUAUUCUUUGCUAGGAUUGCAGACAUACUUCACGUGUGGACCCAAAGAGACGCGUGCCUGGACCAUCAAGAAGGGAAGUACGGCGCCGCAAGCGGCGGGUGUUAUUCACUCCGACUUCGAAAAAGGUUUCAUCCGCGCCGAGACCAUGUCCUGUGAGGAUCUGGUCGCCUUGGGGAGCGAGAAGGCGGUCAAGGACGCCGGAAAGCUCAGGUCGGAAGGCAAGGAGUACGUGUGCAAGGAAGGGGAUGUCAUGCUCUUCCGCUUCAACGUCUAGACGUGAAGGAGGCUUUGAAGGAGGGAAGAGGAGGAAGACAACCCCGGAUGAAGAUACAAUAGGAGAUACCGGUGCAUUUUUGACUCGUCCGACAUGCCAAGGCAGUAGUGCACAACAGGUUUCUAAUAAAGUAAAGCUCAGGAGACAUCGAACAACAA